CAGCCCCAGCCCCCGGCAUGGAGCGGGGCCGCGGGCAGGGCUCCGCCCGGGCGGGAGAGGCCCCGCGGAAGAAGCGGCGCUCGUCCCCGCUGCCGGGGCUGGGCGCUGCCCCGGGCAGAGGCGGCAGCCGGGCCCGCGUCCCGCAGCCCUGCCGGAGGCGGCUGUUCGGGAGCGCGGGCUCCCUCGGGCCCCGGCCCGGCGGCCUGAAGGGCAAAUCCAGUGUGAAAGCCCUACCAAAAAUCAAAGAAAAUGUGGAAGUCAUUGAAGUGAGCCCUUCAUCCAGCCAAAGCAAUCAAGUGAAUGUCAAAGAAGCAACAGACUUGGAAAAAAAUGAAGAUACAAUAGAAGAAAGCACUUCAUCAAUGAAGGAAUCCCUAACGAUCAGCCCUGAAAAGAAAGAGAGUUUGAAAAAUGCUGAAAUGACUUCAAGUACAGGAAUGACUCUUCCCACAGGUGUUUCCACUUUUCUCCUAGAGUGUUUAGAUAUUGAUUCAACUGCAGAUUAUAAUGCAGGUGCCAGUGACAGCACAAACAGUUGCUCAUCCCCUGAAACCUUCAGAGAUGAGGCUUCAGAAAGAAGUAAUUUUUACCCUGAGGAUGCUGGCAAGUACAAGAACUCUACUCUCCUGGACUGCAGCAAAGCAGUGGCCAUAGAUAAGAUACCACAGAUCUCAAAUCUUUCAGCAAUAUUAGAACCUGUACCAAGGGAUUUUCAAGACCACUACUACACUAGAAGAAAGAGACUAUCAAGUUGCAGUUACAGUUCUUCAGCCUUAAGUGUUUCAGCUACUGUGGCAGGAAAAAAAGUCUGUAAAAUUACAGCUGCAAGAGAGAGAACUCCAGACCUAAAAGCUGGUAUGCGCUGUUCUUCACCGUUAGGACCGGAAAGAAAGCCUGGCAAUCGAACUGCUAAAAUAAAAGAAGAAAGUUUGAAUACAUUAGAAGAAGGUGCAUCCUCAUUCCAUCAGCUUGAUGCCCCAGAAAGCACUUCAGCCAUGUCAGCAAAGGUGACAGCAAAGGUGCUGCCAUCCCAACGGCCUGAUGCUGUGGUGCCUCUCUACAGCAGACAAGAAAUCUGCUCCAUUGUCAGAACCUCCCCAGGCCAGAGGGCUGCCAGGCAGCGCCGAGUUCCAGUGGGGAGAAGAGAGUUCUGCCUUCCUGAAGGAGUGACUGAAGAUGCUAUUACGUGUGCCAAAAACUGGACCUGCUGUAAAAACAAAUGAGAGUUCUGGGUUUCAGCAGGAGUCACCAGAAGAAAUUACUGCCUUGCUACUCUGACAGGGAGAUGAAACAGAGCUGCUAACCAGUAAUUAAUGACUGUAUUUUUUUUGCAUAUACAUCGUUGAAAUUUAGUAGAAUGCUUUGCAGUAAGCUUGUAAAUACUGUACUCAAGUACUUAAUAUUGAAUUAUUAUGUACAAGCAACUAGAUCUUACUCUGGCAUUGUUCUGUAAUAACUUAAUAGUGAAGAUUCUUCAUUUUGAUGUUUAAAAGUGUGACUCCAGAACAGCAGACCAUACUGUGAUAAAGGAAUAAUUUUUGAUUCUUGGUGUGCCAAGAUUUUCUAGAUCUCUGCAGUAGCAUUAUCAUCUAAAGAUGGGACCUUGAGUUAAGAAUUGUUAGCAAGGUUUCUGAAGGUAACUGCACAUCCUGAAAACGUGCAUGUAAAGCAUUUGUGUACUCUCCUAAGUCAGUAGUAGGCUACCAUUAAACUACCUGGAUCCUUGGGUCUGUGGAACUGUGGGCAGAGGACUCAGUGUGUUCUGCUCUGAAUUGAUUUCUCAGCAUGAAUGUCAGUGGCCUUCAGCUGCCACCACUGCAGCACAGCUGGCUGUUUGUGACCAGCACUGACACAGUUUUGGGCACAUCCACUGCCCAGCCACUGUCACCUCAGAGUCCUUCCCAUUUCACCUCAGUUAUUUUAUAAUAUUACCCUUCUCAGUUAUUGUUCCUUCUAGAGGCUUCAGGCUUGUGCAGAGGAAGCACGUGCCUCACAUGAACACAAGGGUGGAAGAAACCCUUGAGCUGCCUCAGGAGCUGGAUACUGGUAUUCUGGAUUUUCAGAUCACUGCACAUGUUACCUGGCACAUAGGUUGGAUUCCCAGUGUUUUCAAUUUACUUUGUGGUUGUUAAUCCAUAAAUGUCAUUCUUCAGCAGGGUUCUGAAUGCCUCAGAACACACAAACAAGAGCAGUUUUUCUCCACUUGAUUCACUGCAGGCUGAAGUAGGUUGGAUCCCUCUAAUGUUCUCACUGUGACACCCCUCACUCACACUUGUAGACAUAAAGGAAGUUUUAGAGAGUUCAAAAAUGAGAGUAUGGCUUUCCAAACCAUUUGAAGUCUGAGUUUGUCAGUAUUAUCACCCAGAAUAUUCAUGCCCUGGAAAAUAGUUUAAUCAUUCCAAAAAGAGCCCUUCAAGAAGAUGUUAAAAAUCCACAACUUUAAUUAGUUUGACUACAUCUGAAAAUACCUGUGAAAGGUGAGACCCUGAGCCCUUUUCCUGUUGCUCGGGGGUAGAAGGAAGUGCAAGUGAAUGCUGCUAGAUUAGUUUGUGAACAAGUAUUGUAUAAACAUACUAUAUGGCUCAAGGUUAAAAAUAAUGCCAUGAAGUUAUAUUUCCUUUAAACAUCAGUAAAGUGAUUUCUGCCAGUA